AUGCAACCCUUUUCGAGCCCUCCGCGGGUGGAGCACAGAUCCUACUACGACCAAAGCCCUGAUAGCCCUCCUUCGUACGAUACAAAAUUGAGCACGCCGACUAGCGGACUUGACGCGUCUGUCGUAGAUAAACUAACAAGUGAGCGCCGGCGAAACUACCAAAGAGUUAAGCAACCGUUUUCUUCGCCCUUGAAGGCCGAGAAGCAUAGUGGGUCGCGCCCCAGCCCCCAAAGACGACAACAAAACGAGCAAAGGCAUCGGGAGCGGGAAUCCCGAGCCAUGAAGGCUCGAGGCGGUGCCUUCAAGAUGGAGAAGGACGUUAUGGAUCUGGAGAAGAAAUGCGAACUGCGCCUACUGGAACGGGAGGCCGAGUUCUACCAACUUGACCCGGACAAUGUCGCCGCGCUUGAGUCCGAGCAAGAGGCGCUCGAGGAUGAGGAGCUCGUGGCGCUUCUGCAGGAGCGUGAAGAGUACGAGAAGCUCCUGGAACUCGAGCAGCAGCAGAUAGAGGAAGCAUUGGCUUGCUUCACCCUCUCCAAUUCCGAAGAGCACGUGUAG